AUGCAACUGAGAAUGGUUGCUUCAAAUAAUGGAAUGUUAUCAAAUCAAGAUGAAUCAACUUUUAUUGAUGAGCCCGCCAUGAGCACUGAUGGUACACAGAGAAUACUACAAGUCAGUUCCCCCAAGAUCGAUACAGAUAAUCACAAUAUAGAGUACGAGAGUAUUAAAAGCAAGGAUAAGAAGAAACAUAAGAAGAGGAAGAGCAAGAGGCAUUCUAAAGGAAGACACAAAAUGAAAUAUCGAGUUGACAAACCUCGGUACCACGAUGAUGCAAAAUAUGACGCUGAUAUUGCUGACAAUAAUAACGGAAAGGCAUUGAAUAAAUUCUUCCCUGGUAUCUUAAUAGGAACUUUCAUUGGUUCAGCUGUCACUAACUUUAUAUUGGAAGGGUUAAAGUAG